AAUUUUAGUAUUCUGUGUAAUAACUACUAAGCGCUGUGUGCCACAAACCACUUAUUCUAAAGUAGUUUGUGUUGUGUGCUGUGUAUCAAACAUCAGAAUCAGAAUCUGAUGAUCACAUCAGUCAGUUUACUAGAAAUCUUGUUAAGGUUAUAGUUAAUAUUUUGUGGUUAUCGUAUCCAAGUGUUUGAAAAUAUGUUAAUCCAAAUGAAUAUUACAUCUGCAGCGGGGAUUAUUUCCCUUUUGGAAGAACCCAAAUCGGAACUUAAAGUAUUCGCUUUGAAAAAGCUCGACACAAUAGUUGAUGAGUUCUGGCCAGAGAUCUCUGAAGCUAUAGAAAAAAUUGAAAUACUGCAUGAAGACAAAGUAUUUCCGCACCAUCAGUUAGCUGCUUUGGUAGCCAGUAAAGUUUACUACCACCUGGGAGCAUUUGAAGACUCUCUCACGUAUGCAUUAGGUGCUGGAGAUCUUUUUGAUGUCAAUGCCCGUACUGAAUAUGUGGAAACAAUUUUGGCAAAAUGCAUUGACUAUUACACUCAGCAUCGUAUCGCUCUUGCUGAAGGAGUUCCAGAUGCUAAACCAAUUGAUCCCAGACUAGAAGCAAUUGUAAAUCGUAUGUUUCAACGUUGUUUGGAUGACGGUCAAUAUCGCCAGGCUAUGGGUCUCGCUCUUGAAACCAGAAGAAUGGACAUCUUUAAGGCAUCCAUCAAGCAGUCAGACGAUAUGAUCAGCAUGCUUACCUAUGCUUUUCAGGUUGCCAUGAGUCUCAUCCAGAAUCGCAGUUUUCGUAAUACUGUCCUAAGAGCUUUAGUUGGUUUGUACAGUAGCUUGGCUUCUCCUGACUAUGUGAACAUGUGCCAGUGUCUCAUAUUUCUUGAAGAUCCCCCCACCGUUGGAACAAUCCUGGACAAACUUGUCUUGGGAGAUGAGGACAGCCAACUGAUGGCCUAUCAGAUUGCUUUUGAUCUGUAUGAGUCGGCUACCCAGCAAUUUUUGUCGCAGGUGCUCUUCUCUGUUAGGAACACUGCACCGAUUCCAUCGUUGCUAGAAGAGAAAAUCAAGCCCAAGGUGGUCAAGAGUCAGACUGCUACGACUGCUAAUGCGGAUGGGGCUGAAGCUGCUGAGGAAGCACCUAAAGUAGAAGAAAAACCAGAACUGACAAUGGAUGACUUGAGUGACAGUGAGAAAGAACACCAGUUGCGACUUGAAAAACUUCACAGCAUUCUCUCUGGACAAGUUUCCAUUGAACUUCACCUUCAGUUCCUCAUCAGAUCCAAUCACGCUGAUUUAUUGAUUUUGAAACAAACCAAAGAAACAGUUCGAGUUAGUAUUUGCCACACAGCCACUGUUAUUGCCAAUGCAUUCAUGCAUAGCGGCACGACAAGUGACCAGUUUCUGAGAGAUAAUUUGGAAUGGUUGGCUCGAGCCACGAACUGGGCCAAGUUAACAGCAACAGCAUCUUUGGGUGUAAUACACAGGGGACAUGAGCAGGAAGCUUUAACCUUAAUGCAAAGUUAUCUUCCCAAAGAAGUAGGACCUAGUUCGGGGUAUUCGGAAGGUGGUGGUUUGUAUGCUCUAGGACUUAUCCACGCUAAUCAUGGUGGGAACAUUAUUGAUUACCUGCUGGGUCAGGUGAAGGAUUCGCAAAAUGAGAUGGUGAAACAUGGCGGCUGCCUUGGCCUAGGUCUAGCUGCGAUGGGCACUCACAGAACUGAUGUUUAUGACCAGCUAAAGUUCAACCUUUAUCAGGAUGAUGCUAAUACAGGGGAGGCUGCUGGUAUAGCUAUGGGUAUGGUUAUGUUGGGCUCCAGGAAUAAUCUUACCAUCUUCGAUAUGGUGGCGUAUGCCCAAGAGAGCCAACACGAAAAAAUACUCCGCGGUCUCGCCGUCGGCAUCAGCUUCACGAUGUACGGACGUUUGGAGGAAGCCGACGCUCUCAUCCAACAGCUCUCUUCCGACAAGGAUCCCAUCCUCAGGCGGUCGGGCAUGUACACUAUCGCCAUGGCUUACUGCGGCACCGGACACAACCAGGCGAUCAGGAAGCUGCUCCACGUUGCUUAUGCCCAAGAGAGCCAACACGAAAAAAUACUCCGCGGUCUCGCCGUCGGCAUCAGUUUCACGAUGUACGGACGUUUGGAGGAAGCCGACGCUCUCAUCCAACAGCUCUCUUCCGACAAGGAUCCCAUCCUCAGGCGGUCGGGCAUGUACACUAUCGCCAUGGCUUACUGCGGCACCGGACACAACCAGGCGAUCAGGAAGCUGCUCCACGUUGCUAGUUCUUUCCAGAAAGAAGAAUGA